UUAUUGUUUUUUAGGGUGGCGCAUGUUACGGCUACUAAUGCAAUUCAUGUGCAAUUAUCGAAAUUUUACACAUGCAUACCUUUUACACACACCAUAAAAACACCCCAUCAAGCACCUAACAUGGAAGUAACCAGUUCCAAUUUCAAAGAACUGCUGCCAGAAAUCGAGGACGUCAUCAACAAAUCCACCUUCCUAGCCAUCGACUGCGAGUUUUCCGGGCUAAAUGUGGUCUCCGAAAUCAACGCUUUCGACACCCCCAAGCAGUACUACGAAAAAGUUCGCAAAAACUGCAAGGAGUUUUUGGUUAUCCAGUACGGAAUUAGCGCAUUUAGGUUUGACCCUUCUGACGGGAAGUUCAAGCAGCGCAGCUACAACUUCUACAUAUUCCGCCGGCCCAUUAACAAGAACAUCCCCGACCAGAGGUUCUUAUGCCAGACUUCCAGUAUUAAUUUCCUGACGUCGCAGGGGUUCGACUUUAACAAGUUGUUCAAAUCGGGAAUCUCGUACUUGAAUAUGUCGGAAGAGACCGAUUAUAGGGAAAAAAUCGAAGAUAGGCAGAAAUUGCGCAACAAUCAGCACAACAACCAGCAAAGUCCGUCUGAAGUCGACCCCAUCCCGCAGGACGUGCAGCCCGUUGUGGACGACGUUUUGCAACAGUUGAGCGACUUUCUGGACACCGAUAACGUGGAGUUGGAACUACCCAAGUGUAACGCGUUUGUGAGACGACUCAUCUAUCAAACCACCGCGCAAAAAUUCAAGAACAAAAUCACCCUUCAGACGAAAAAUAGGAACAAGGAUCGGAUUCUAGUGGCUUCCAAGUUCAAAAGCAAGAAGGAGCAGCAGGAGAUCGAUCAGCGACUUUUCGAGGAGGAAAUGUCGGUUUUGGACGAUUUCAUAGGGUUUACGAAAGUUUUACGAAUUGUUGUUGAUUCUGGAAAAAUGAUUGUUGGACACAACAUGUGUCUAGAUUUUCUGCACACCAUUGACAAGUUCUUGACCCCUCUGGCUAAGGAGUACGACGAAUUCAAGGAAUGUGCGCAUGCGCUAUUCAAAAAUGUUUUAGAUACAAAGUUUAUGUCUAGUUCUGACGAAUUUAAAGAUUUAAUACAAUCCACUGUGUUAAAGGAUGUUUUAGAGGCGGUUUCUAAAGACCCGUUCCAGCUGCCCACCGUUGAAAUUGAGGACGCCGGACAGGGGUACAGGGUUGAGGAUUUGAAGGAGCACGAAGCGGGGUACGAUGCCUAUAUCACCGGGCUGUGUUUUCUUUCAAUGUGGAACUACCUAGGAACUUUGAAAGAACUUUCAACUGCAGACAUUUUCAAAGAUUUUAGUUUAUUGGAGCCUUAUCUCAACAAGUUGUACCUGAUGAUGUUAAGAGACAGUCAAUAUAUUAAUUUGGCAGGCCAAGAUCCUAACCCCUCCAGGGAUCACGUUUUCUACUUGACUUUCCCUAGGGACUGGAGGCUGAACAACAUAAUCGAGCUCUUCAGCCCUUUUGGUGGCGUUUACGUGGCCUGGAUAAACGAAACGUCAGCCUAUGUAGGGCUUUUCAAGCGAGAACAGGCGGCUGUGGCGUUAAGUACGUUAUCCCAAAGUGACACAUACAGCAUUAUGACUUAUUCCAGACGUCAGGCACAGCUAGAAGACGGACCGUCGCCGGCUCCAGUCAACCGCAGGAAGCGGACUCUGGACAACACCCCCAGGUGCAAUAAAAAAAUCAAAACCGACCAAGGAACCGCCUCGAAGAAGCGCCAGACCGUCCUGGAGGCCGAGAGCGAAACUCCCAAGAAGUGUGCUAGGAAAGAAUUGACCAAAACCUUCGUCGAAAGUGAUGCGUGGGAUUAAUGUUAUGUACAUGAAAUGAAAAUUUAGUUUCUUAACUAAAUAAAAAGUAAAAAUUUUA